AUGCGUGCGGCCGCGGAAAGUGCCUCUCACGCCUCAGCAUUAGGAAAUUCGUCGCCUGUUGUCGUGGAUCCUCCACGUGGUGAGCCACCACGUGCAGCAGGUACAUCCGCUGCGUCUGCAGCGGGUACCUCGAAUCAUAUCCAAGAUGAGUCCGAAAUAGAGCUUAUCUAUUCUAGCGAGUCGGAUGGUGCAUCUGACACGAAGGCGACACCUUACGCCUCCGGAUCACCCGGGGUGGACACUGCAAGAGACAGGUUGACUAGCUCUGGCCAACGUAGCGGCAUCAUGCUCGAGAUCUUCGGAUCGAGCGAUCGUUCCGACGAAUCCUCGCCUCACGCAAGUCCAUCCAACGACAGGACGCGUGAGGAUGGUGAAGAUGCCUCUGAGCAUCACCACGAGCGAAGUAACUCGAGGGAUCGGGGUGUCACUGGUGCCAGAGCUCAUGCUGGCACCAAUCAAGAGGCCAGGGACCGAAAAGCCCUGCACCACGCUCCUCAAGUGGAGUCUCCUUGGAUGCCGUCAUCCAAAGAGUUCGAUCGAGUGACCUGCAUGACUACCGAACGGGAUCAAAUCCCAUUGUUCGAUUGUAGGAAGAUUUACCCACCUGUCAGCACGGAAACUAUCCGUGCUGAGGAAGAUUUAUGCACCUAUGUGUUCUUUAAACAUCGGUGGUACAAUGUCAGCCGUGUAUGA